AAAAUUUCUGAUAGCAAAGCUGCAUCUAAAGUGGCAAAGAAGGAGAAAGCUGCAAAGUCAGCUGAAAAGCAGAGAGAUAAGAAAGCGAAGAAGACGACAACAGAUGGUGAUGAAGAAGAUUUAGAGGCUAUUUUAGAGAAAUAUCAGAAGGAAAUGCAGGAGAACUUAAGCGUUACCGAGGAAAUACUCGAAGAACCACCUAGUAGGAGAGCAAACGGUACUUUAACAGCCGAUCCAUCAGGUACUCAUUUAUGGCUUAUCGGUGGUGAUUACUACGACGGUCAUCGUUUACAUACAUACCACAAUGUCUAUCGAUUUGAUCCAAACAAAGGCGAUAAAGGUGAAUGGAGGGAAUAUAAGAGUAAAAAUGCACCUGCACCUCGUUCAGCUCAUCAGACUGUCGCAACUGCACAAGGGGGUGGUAAAUUAUGGUUAUUCGGUGGUGAAUUCGCAGGUCAUUCUACCUUCUACCAUUUCAGUGAUUUUUGGUCUUUUGACAUUCAAUCAAAGGAAUGGGAGAGAAUUGAUACAAAAGUUAGACCUUCCGCACGUUCUGGACAUCGUAUGACUGUCUUUAAGAACUUUAUCAUUUUAUACGGAGGAUUCCACGAUACAGGUGUUAGAACCACUUAUUUAGAUGAUCUCUGGAUAUUCUCUUUAGAUGACUUUAAAUGGAGAAAAAUAGAAUUUUCACCACUAGAACGCAAACCUUCUGCAAGAUCAGGAUUUUCAUUCCUUCCAUGUCCCGAACAAAAUGAAGUUGUUGUUUUUGGAGGUUUCUGUAAAACAUACGAGAAAGGCAAAAGGCCAGUAGCUAAAUCCUUGGAUGACUGUUAUGCUCUCAAGAUAACGACUGACGAGAAGAAUAAUACGAUUUUCAAGUGGGAUCGUCGCAAAAAAGUCGGUUAUGUACCGAGCUUGCGUUCUGGUGCAACUAUGGCAUACUGGCAAUCAAAGAAUAUGGGUGUUCUCUUUGCCGGUGUCUCAGACAUUGACGACUCAGAGGAGUCCUUGCAAUCUGUAUUUCAUAAUGAUCUCUUCGGAUACAACCUUCUAGGUGGUGGUAAAUGGCAAUCACUUAACCUUCGCAAACCGAAGAAAGCAGGCACUAAGAAGAAAGCAGCAAAGAAGAGGGCAGCAAAAGCAGCAGCCACAGCGGAAAGUGACAGUGAUAAAGGUGGUGAAAGUGGUAGCGAAGAUGAACAACAACCACAGCAACCAGAAGAAGAGGUUAUUAUUGAUGACCCUCAAAAGACUGUCCCUAUGCCACGGUACAACGCCAUGCUAGCGAUACUGCGUAAUACUCUGUUUGUUUUCGGUGGAAUCUUUGAACAAGGCACACAAGAGUUCACCCUUGAUGAUAUGCACUCUCUUGCUCUUGAUAAAUUGGAAAGAUUUAAGUGUAUACAAGAAUGCAAUGUCGUAGGUAUUGAGGAUGAGCAAGAUGAUGAUGACGAAGACGAUGAUGAUGAUGGAGAGGAAGACUAUGAAGAUGAGGAAGGUACACUCGAGAAGGGUACAGAUAAGCAAGAGAAUCUAGCUGAGACACAAGUAGAGCCGAAUGAACAACCUGAAGAAGCUACGCAAGAAAACCCAUCUGAUCCGAAUCAAGAUGAGGGCUUACCACAACCUGGAGAAACACUCCGUCAAUUCUUCGAACGUACAAAGGAUAGAUGGGUGGAAGUAGCAUUACAAAAGAUGCCAGAAGCUCAAGCAAAAGAAUUGCGUGGUGUUGCUUUCAAUCUCGCGGAAGAAAAGUACGAAGAACAUAAACCAAUUUUACGUGAAAUCGAAGCAAUGAUUAGAGAGAGUGGAGCUGAACCAAUAGCAGCUAAAUCUCAACAGCAACCAGGUUCAACAAGCAGGAACCGUCGUUGAAAAUAAAACACAAAUGCAUAACUUAUAGAUUAAUUAAUCAUGUAUAACUAAAUUUGGAUAAAGC